AUGGUGACGCACAUCCUCGGUCUGCGGCUGGAGGGCUCGCAACUCAGCAUCCCAGCGGUGCAUCGACGCAGGACCCUCUCCGUCUUGACACGCCUACAAUCCGCAUCAGCAGCUGCUCUGGGCGCAUUCGGCGUGGUCCAUCUCUCAGCACCACUGGUUGGGCUUUUGCAUCUGGGCGGCGAUGUCAACGAUCGAGUCGACGCGGUGUCAAGAUGGAUGCUGCUUGGUCGAGUAGCGUACCAGAGUUCAAUAGGAGAGGCGGUGCUAUGGGCAGCAUUGGCGACGCACUUGGUAUCGGGCGUGGCCAAGCGGCUGGUCACAAGGUUCACUGUUGCUCGUUCAGCAACAGAGCCUUCGGAAGUCAAGCAGCAAGCUGCGCUGGAAGAGGCGGUGGCAGUGCCGACAAGAGCCCCGGCGAAGCUCAGCAUGGCUCAGAAGUCUGGAUACGUUCUUGCGCCAUUCGUGAUACACCACGCCUUUGUCAACCGCAUCCUCCCAUCUUCUUCGAAGCCGCCUAUCUCGAACGUGUCCCCGUCGGAGCUCGACUACUCUUUCGUAGCACAUACCCUCUCGCAUACGAACACGGCCAUUCGUAUUUUCUCGGCUACCGCUUAUACGGUUCUCAUCGGCGCUUUUGCCGUACACACCGUCUAUGCCGUUCCAGCUUUGCUCAGAAUGCUCCCGAAGAGCUCGAACGGUGCCAGUGACAAGGUACGGAAGCCAAAACGUCGCUCACAGACUCAAGUUGCCUCAUCAUUGGCAAUCGUCUUGCUGGCAAGUCUGUUCGCCAUCGUUCCAUUCAGGUCUAGCGACAAGCUGACCGUUUCAGGCGCUCUCAAGGAUCGAUACGAUGCCGUGCUGGGGCUGGCUUUCCCCACCCGCUUCUUCUUGCAAUCAACUUAG